AUGGAUGUUGAGAACCUUAGUGAACGAGAUCGCGCUGUGUUGAGAAGCAUCUUCGAUCCUACUGCGACGAUUGGUGAUGUAACUGAUGAUGGUGAUAAGUUCGUUGAGGAUGACGAAGAAAACACACCUGCAAACGAAGAAUCCAGGUCUUUGUGCUUGCAAGGUGUGAAAUUGGCGGAGGCUGGUAAAUUGGAGGAAGCCCUGGUACAUCUAAACCGGGGUAUAGAGGUUGCUCCGGAUAGAGCUUCGGGGUACAACGAUAGAGCACAACUCCUGAGGCUAAUGCAGAAAGACGAUGAAGCGAUUUCUGAUAUUGCUCGUGCGCUUCAACUGACGGACGGAAAGCGGACGCGGUCGCGGGCGCUCGCUUUGUGCCAACGCGGCGUGAUGAUGCGCAAAAAAGGAGCUGAUGAUCAAGCACGCGCCGCCUUCGCUGAAGCGGCUAAGCUGGGGAGCAGCUUCGCGAGAAAGCAGGUCGUGGAGCUGAACCCUUACGCAGCGCUGUGCAAUCAAAUGCUUAGUCAAGUAAUGAAAGGAGAAGAUAUAAAACUGUAA